CUGGCUUCACUGGACGAUGGAUGGAGGACAACCUGCCCCUUCAUCUCUAGCGCCCUUUGGGAAUACAUCAACAGACUCUAGCAUGUCCCUGGAGCAGAAAACCACAUUUGUUUUUGUGAUUUUGUUGUUUAUUUUCUUGGGCAUCCUCAUUGUCAGGUGCUUCCGGAUUCUUCUAGACCCAUAUAGGAGCAUGCCGACCUCGACCUGGGCUGAUGGACUUGAAGGUCUGGAGAAAGGGCAGUUUGACCAUGCCCUUGCUUAGCAAGGAAGGAACAGGAUCCCCUCCUGAGAAGUGCAAGUGAUUUUUGUCUUGGA